AGCCCGGAUCUAACAAUAAUGCGCAAUGGCACAAAAGAUUCACUUGAAAUGAACAAGCCGAGAACAGGACCCAAUAAUUAUUUCAUUCAGAGACCACGAAAAAAUAAUUUUAUACCCCAACAUCAACAACAAAACCAGUUUGAUAGCUGGGAUCCACGAGGCGCGCGGGAGCCUUCGCCUUUUGGGCCCGCUGCUCCUGCUAUGAGCGCACCCCGACAUGUGGUCAAUGGCAAGAAGGCUAUGGUGAAUCGAAUGGGGAACAAUAUGGUGUCUGAAUCAACAGCUUACGAGGAAUGUGUGCGCUACAUAUUUGAAGCCUGGGAGAAAGUUCAAUAUGAACUGAGUACAGCACAGCGAAUGGAACGACAAGGAGGACCACUUUAUUAUCAGGAAAAGAAUCCUAAUCCAAAACUUCAUGAUUUCCAUUGUGUUGAUCUCGAUAAGUGGAAGUUGAGUCGUGAGAGGAGACCACUGCCAUAGUAACUGUGUUCAUUAGGAUAGGAGGAAAGAUUUGGAUGUUUGUAAACUGUUCAAAAAGUGCCCUGUAUUUUACAAACACUUUUUAAAGAAGAUGGAAGCUGUAUUUUUACAAACUUUGUAUUUAUGCAAAAAUGUGUUAUUAAAAUGUUUGUAUAGAAA